UUAACAGAUUAACGCCCCACAUUUAAGGGCAAAAAGUGAAGUACUUUCUUUUAGUCGACGCACAAAGGGAAACGAUUAAACUUAUUUACCUGUAGCGUUUAUAAAUCUCGCGCAACAGCGGAUAUUUCGCCUUUACUUUAUCAAUGUAAUUGCAGCGUCUGUUUAAACACUCGAGAUUUCACGACUGUUGCACGUACCUAGAUCAGUGAUGGAGGAGGGUCUAGGGAACCCUGUGGCUAGGAAGACUAAAGAAGAGUCUGGUAGUGUCCUUCUCACCUACUUCCAAGGAGAUAUUAACAGCAUGGUGGAUGAACAUUUCUCCCGUGCUCUGAGUCAAGCAAAUAAACCGAAGGAGGAAGGCUCCAAAAUCAAAAGAAACCAUAAAGUUGCACAAACAAAUGGACUUUCAGGUCAAUGGGAAGCAGAGUCACAAACCAGAUUUCAGCCCUUGCUUCCUCCAGAACAUCUCCGGCAAGGAACAAGCAGGGAGUCUCAAUAUAACCUUCAAAUGCCACCAAAUCACCCUGCAAACAGUGCUGUUCUGUGGUCAGGGGAUUCUAGGCAGGGACUGAGUGUUGUUCUGCCCCCCAUGAUGUACCCCUCGGCUGUAUCCUCUGGUGGUUUGAUGAUGGCAGAACAUCAGUAUUCUAAUUCUCUGUUAAAUUUCCUCCACAACGAUCACCCUAACUUGGGCACAGUGGUGCUACCCUCCUCCAAACAAAACCUUACAUCUGGAUGGACCAAGUAUCCUGGAUUUGGUGAUCAGAUGACUGAUAUGAAUCAGUCUGGUGUGCAGGUGAUUGAGAAAAAGGACCUUUUUUGGUAUUAACAAGGUUAUUUGAGAUUUAAAAGGAAGAACAAAUAAGUCUUUCAUCACUUUUUCGUUUAACUGAACAAGUGACUAAUGGACCUUGCAAUGCUUCACCUGGAGGCGUCUGCACAUCCAACCUGUUCAGAAACAAGCUCUUCAUGUACCACAUCAUAGAAGAAGAUUGUACAAGAGAUUGGCCUCAGGCUCUAUGGUUAAAGACGUUUUACACACACUCAGGAAAACACACUAAAUCUAUGUUUUUCAUAAUUUAGAGUUUCAGGUGAAGUUUUUUGUCUGUUGUUUUUAUAGCAAAAAAAAUAAAAAAACAUUUACAUUGAUUACAUAAAGAAAUGCAUAAAUGUACAAAAAUAAAGGAUAAAGAGGUUUUAUAUGGGCUUUAUUAUAAUUUAGUAAAGUGCAGUUUCAAUUUGUAGUUUGCACAAACCAUAUUUAUUCUCAUUUCAUUUAUGCUUGGAUGAGAGCAUUAUGCAACUUGUCUGUGCUGUCAUUUGUCAAAUUCGACUGCUUUAAGUGCUAGACAAUAUUGUAGUUUGAUUGGAUGCCUUUGAUGUCAACAACAAAAGGAAUCUUUCUCCUCUCUUUUAAAAAUGUAAAUCUUAUUUAUUUGAUGUGAAGUGUGUAUGAAAGAAGAAAAUCUUAAUCUCACACUAUGAUGUAGUUAUUAAACUCCACUCCCCCACCAUGAAUCCAAUUCAUGGACGCAGAUGGAGGAACAGCCAUCUCUCCACACCCCUGCUUGAGGAUUACUGAUGUCCUUGUACUAUAUUUAGCUGUUACCCAUCUGGUGGCACACAUGUCCCUUUCCAAAUAAAAAUGACCAAAGCCAAGGCUAAACUCUG